UCUUAGCGGCUCGUGCGCGGAACCGAAGCAGCCGGCGGCAGGAAACGCUCACCGGGAGCGAGCGAACGAGCGGGUGCGCGCGUGCGCGCGGCAUGAGCGGCUGUUGAUGGAGCGCGCGCACAACCCUGAGAAACCGGUGUCCGGCGCGGAGGUGCAGGUGUGUGUGAUGGGGGACGCGUGUGUGUACAAGCUGGGCUCUGUAAAGCACCUGCGACUCCUGCUGCUCAUCUUUCUGCCUUGUGUGUGUGGCCUCGUAUGCCUGCUCACCCUGCUGCUCGCGUUCACAGGAAUAAUCGGGAAUGGCCUGCUGGACUCUGGUGACUCCGCCCACUUCCCCAAUGUGGAUGUCUCUAUGGCAACCCUCGUCCCCCUCAUGGCCUUUACUACAAGUUGGACUUCUGUUGUCAAUGGGACCAUGGCCACAGCACCUGUCGCCACAACUACCUUUCAGUCAGAUUCUCCAUCUAGUGACCUGUGGACUCCUGACUCUUCAUCAUCUUCAUCCUUAUCAUCAUCUUCAUCAUCAUCAUCGUCAUCAUCAUCACCAUCCUUAGUACAGCCCACACCUACGCCAACAUCUGAUUGGCUGAUGACUUUCUCCACCAUAAACUUACUAGGAACCCUCUCCAGCCCGACUAGUCCAAGCCCUCAGCCAGGCACCUGCUUUGAUAUCAUGGAGAGCCAGUGUCACAUGUUGCCGUACAAUCAGAGCGGGGUGUUGCCGGGGGCGACAGUGGUGAAGGGGACAGAGUUGGAGAUGUUCCUGAAGUUCUUCAGUUACCUGAGCAGACUGAGCUGCUACAGACACAUCAUGCUGUUCGGCUGCUCUAUAGCACUGCCCCAGUGUAUUCAACAGGGGGACAGCAGUCGUUUCCUGCUGCCAUGUCAAUCAUUCUGUGAAGCAGCGAGAGAAGGCUGUGAACCGGUGCUACAGAUGUUUAACGCCUCCUGGCCUGAGUUCCUGCGCUGCUCCCAGUUCACCAACAUCAGCUCGACACAGUCACAUCCCGCCUGCUACACACCCCGCCACGCCAAGGGGAAGCCCUCUGUAUGUGGGGGCACAGACAGCUUCCUGUGUGCCACGGGAAUCUGUGUCCCCCGGAAACUGGUGUGUAAUGGAUUCAAUGACUGUGACGACUGGAGCGAUGAGGCAGACUGCAACUGUGGUGAUGGGGAGUUUAGCUGUGGAACUGGACGGUGUGUGAACACUUCUCUGCUGUGUGACGGCUACGAUGACUGUGGGGAUCUCAGUGAUGAGCACAACUGCCAGUGUGACCUGGCCAAGGAGCACCGGUGUGGAGAGGGGCGCUGUAUUCCCAAAGAAUGGCUUUGUGAUGGAGAUCAUGACUGUCUGGACAAGACUGAUGAGCUGAACUGCUCAUGUAAAGCACAGGGCUUGUUGGAGUGUAAGAAUGGACAGUGUAUUCCCAGUGCCUUUCACUGUGAUGGUGAGGAUGACUGCAAGGAUGGCAGCGACGAAGAAAACUGCACAAAGCAACUGAACCAGGGGUCGUGUCCUCCAGGUCAACCAAGCUGUAUUUCCAAUUCCUGUUCACCUGGCUGUAGUGGGAGUGCACCCUGUGAGGCACGCAACGUCACCACCAACUGCAGUGUGUGUGAGCCGAUCUCAUUGGAGCUGUGUAUGAAUCUACCCUAUAACACCACGCGCUUCCCCAACUUCCUGGGUCACCAGUCUCAGAAGGAGAGCUCGGUCAGCUGGGAGUCCUCGCUGUUUCCUGCACUCGUCCAAACCAACUGCUACAAAUACCUCAUGUUCUUCGCCUGCACUGUACUGGUACCAAAGUGUGACCCCGUCACUCACCUCAGAGUGCCGCCCUGCAGGUCUCUUUGUAGGAGCUCAAAGGACCGCUGUGAGUCAGUGCUGAGCAUUGUGGGAUUGCAGUGGCCAGAGGACACAGACUGCGCUCAGUUUCCUGAGGAAGGACAAGCAAACACUACCUGCCUUCUUCCAGACCCGGAUGUAGACGAGUGUUCUCCUAGUCACUUUAAGUGCCGGUCAGGGCGGUGUGUUCUGUCCUCCAAGCGCUGUGAUGGACACAUGGACUGCGACGAUGACAGUGAUGAGGACAACUGUGGUUGUAAGGAGCGGGGUCUGUGGGAAUGUCCUUCUGAUAGAACCUGCGUCCAAUACUCCAGAAUCUGCGACGGGUUUCCGGACUGCAGCCAACUGGAGGACGAACGCAACUGCUCGGUGUGCAGUGAUAAUGAGCUGGAGUGUAAUAAUCACGAGUGUGUGCAUCGCACUCUGUGGUGUGAUGGGAGGAAACACUGCUCAGACAGCUCAGACGAGUGGAACUGUGUCUCUCUGUCUGGCUCGUCCCCGGCCGUGCUGGUGGUCAGUAAGACGGCUGCGGAAUAUCAGGUGUGUGCGGACGAAUGGAACCCCCACCUGAGCACCGUCGCAUGCACACAGCUGGGUUUAGGUGCUCCUAUGUCAGCAGAAGCAGUAGAUGAUGUCUCUGGAGCAGGACGGAGACGCUGGCUGCACGUCCAUCCUGACUGGAGCCUUCGCAACACCACCGCCCUGCAGGGGCUCCUGGAGAAGAGGGGACACUCCUGCCACUCUCGAAAAAGGAUCGCUCUCACAUGCAGCAAAGAUGAGUGUGGCCGUAGGCCAGCAGUGAGGAUGGUGAAGAGGAUUCUGGGAGGUCGUACGAGUCGCCCCGGGCGAUGGCCGUGGCAGUGCUCGUUACAGAGUGACCCCAGCGGGCACAUCUGUGGGUGUGUGCUGAUCGGGAGGAGGUGGGCACUCACUGUAGCUCACUGCUUUGAGGGGCGUGAGAGUGCAGAUGUGUGGAAGGUGGUCUUGGGCAUUAAUAACCUGGACCACCCGUCGGAGCACAUGCAGACGCGACGUGUGGAGCGAGUGAUCGUACACUCGCGCUACAAUCGCGCUGUGGUCGACUACGACAUCAGCAUCAUCCAGCUAGACGCAGACGUGGACAUCAGCAGCUUCGUUCGGCCCGCCUGUCUGCCUCAGCCUGGGCGUCUGCCCACACCCGACACCUACUGCUACAUCACUGGCUGGGGACACAUGGGUAACCGGAUGCCAUUUAAGCUGCAGGAGGGUGAAGUGAGGAUUAUCUCUCUCUCUCAAUGUCAGUCUUACUUUGAUAUGAAGACCAUCACCUCCCGCAUGCUCUGUGCGGGAUAUGAGGCAGGAACCAUCGAUUCAUGCAUGGGUGACAGUGGAGGUCCGUUGGUGUGUGAGGACCCUGACGGCCGGUGGACUCUGUACGGUUUGACGUCCUGGGGGUCCGUGUGUUUCUCUAAAGUCCUCGGACCCGGAGUCUACGCCAAUGUUACGCACUUCACUGAGUGGAUCCAGAGACAGAUAUAUUUACACACCUUUCACCUGGUCUAGGAUAUACAUGCACACACACAUACAUACAGGUACUGGGCUGUGUGUGUGUGGAAUGAAAAUGAAGGAUGAAAUAUUCCUGACGGAGGAAAAACAGGGACAGAAGAGGGGAAAGAUGAGUGUGUGUAUCUGAUCAUUCCAAACGGAGGUGUGUGUGUAUAUAUUAUUGUGACUGUUUGGUCUUAGUAGUUUUUUUUUGUUCUUU